AUGCGCAAGAGAUUUGUUCCUAACUACUACAACCGUGAUCUCCACUCUAAACUCCAAACCCUCACUCAAGGCAACAUGAGUAUGGAGGACUACUACAAGGAGAUUGAGAUAGCCAUGAUGCGGGCCAACAUCCAAGAGGAUAAUGAUGCCACAAUGGCAAGGUUCCUUAGAGGUCUCAACCCUGACCUCCAAGAGGCCUUGGAACUCCAACCUUACUUGGACAUGCAUGACCUUUUGGAGCUAGCCAUCAAGGCUGAGAGGGGGAAGAAAUUGAGGAGGGGAGGCCGAACUUCCCAAACCUCCAAUUCGAGUGCAUGGGGAAAUCCACCCAGGGGAGCUGCACACGAGCUUGAGAAUGCGGCUACACCAAGCCCUUCUAGCAGCACACCAGGUAACUUCCCUAACCAAAAUUCCUAUUCUACCACUAACAAAUUAGUUGAUGUAUCUAGGUCCACUUCCAAGUCCCCUCAAGAAACUCCAAAGCCUAGGAGUAGGGACAUUAAGUGUUUCAAAUGUCAAGGAUUCGGACAUACACAAUCUCAGUAUCCAAAUCAAUGGGUAAUACUUAUCUCUCACAACAGCGAUAUAGUGUCGGAUGACGAUGAUUGUGAGGAGAUGCCCAGGUUGACCAAGGAGGAGAGCUUGGAAAUUGACUCGGUCGAGGAAGAAUGUUCACCAACCCAGGGUGAAAUUGGUUGCUUGGUCGCAAGGAGAGUGCUCAUCGCCCGUAUUAAGGAGGAUGAGCAAUUACAGCGUGAGAAUUUGUUUUACACUAGGUGUAAAAUAAACAACAAGGAGUGUAGUCUCAUCAUCGACGGCGGAAGUUGCACUAAUGUUGCAAGUUUGAUCAUGGUAGAGAGCUUAGGGCUGCCUACAACUAGACACCCACAUCCCUAUCGACUUCAAGGGUUAAGUGAAAAUGGCGAAGUCCGUGUCUACAAGCAGGACACCACGAGAGACAUAGAGCAACAACUAGCAACCACCAACUACUCAUUGUUGUUCACCGCAAUGAAGAAUGAGCUUAGGCGCAUCAGUGAACAACAAAUGGAGGAGUUACACACCCGCUUUGAGGAGCUAUCCAAGAGUCUCACACGAGGCUCUCGUUCUAGAUCUCACAACCGGAGCAACCGAGGUCCCAAAACGGCCAACAGUGAAGACUACUCCGCUAGUGAAGAUGAGGAACGACCCGAGAAGCCUCGAAGGGACACACCCAAGAACGAACUAAAGGGACUUAAGAUCCAAGUACCCACGUUCAAAGGCAAGAGUGACCCUGAGGCGUACUUGGAGUGGGAAGACCGCAUCGAGAUGGUUUUCGACUGCUACGAUUAUAGCAAGGAACAAAAAGUUAAAGUUGCCACCGUUGAGUUCACCGACUACGCCCUAGUUUGUCGCAGUGAACAUGAGCACUUGGAGCAUGUGAGACUAGUUCUUGAGACACUUCGAAAGGCGCGCUUAUACGCUAACCUUAAGAAGUGCACCUUUUGUACUAAUGAACUUGUGUUUCUGGGCUAUGUAGUAAGUUCGCAGGGUAUCAAAGUGGACGAGUCCAAGAUUGAGGCCAUCAAGCAAUGGACAACUCCUACAUCCGUCCCUGAGGUGCCCAGCUUUCUUGGAUUGGCAGGCUUCUACCGGCGCUUUGUCAAGGACUUCAGCACCAGUGUCGCCCCAAUGACCGCCGUGACCAAGAAGAAUGACAAGUUCCAUUGGGGGGAAGCCUAA